CCUCCGAUGCGACCAUGGGAGGUGACGGCAACGAGGCCGCCUGUGGCAGGCGAGCGCUGCCUCACGCCGGCGCGCAGCAGGAGGAGCCCUCCUGCCCGGCGUCAGAGAGCACGGAGGGAGCGCCUGUCACGACACAGCUCCGCCAGCCAGGAUGAGAACUUCCACCACAUGCCCUACGGGCCAGCAGCAGCAGCGGCAGAGGAGCCGCGGGCCUUCCCCGCGCCCAGCGUGCCCGCGCGCAUGCUGCACACGGCCGCCCAGAGCGCCAUGCUGCUGGACAUCCAUGAGCAGGUCGGGCGUUACAGACUGCCGGUAUCGUACGCGGUGACAACGGUGGCGCCACACGGGAUCCCGCUGUGCGCGGGGCAGCCCGUGCCUGCGUGCAGCGCGCCACCCAUGCCGGGCUGCUCUGUGGUGCUCAGCGGGCAGCACCUGCCUGUGUGCAGCGCACCGACUCCCAUGCUUCAGGCAUGUUCAGUCCAGCACCUACCAGUACCGUAUGCAGCAUUCCCACCCCUCAUUUCUAGCGAUCCAUUCCUUUUGCACCCUCCUCAUCUCUCUCCACAUCAUCCUCCUCACUUGCCAGCUCCAGGACAGUUUGUUCCUUUCCAAGCACAGCAGGCACGGUCGCCACUUCAAAGAAUAGAAAAUGAAGUAGAGCUACUUGGAGAACAUCUUCCUGUAGGAGGUUUCACAUACCCUCCCUCAGGCCAUCCACCAACAUUGCCUCCCUCAGCUCCUCUCCAAUUCUUAGCCCAUGAUCCUAUACACCAGGAGGUGUCAUUUGGUGUGUCCUACCCGCCGUUCCUGCCGCGACGGCUCCCGGGCCGCAGCCGCCUCCGCUCGCCGCCCCCAGCACCGUCGAUGCUCCCCAUGCCACCGGCAGUUGGACCAGCCUGGACAAGCUUUGAGUUGGACGUGGAAGAUGGGGAAGUCGAAAACUAUGAGGCACUGCUGAACUUGGCAGAACGUCUGGGAGAGGCCAAACCCCGAGGGCUGACCAAGGCAGAUAUUGAGCAGCUCCCAUCGUACAGGUUCAACCCCAAUAACCACCAGUCGGAACAGACCUUGUGUGUAGUGUGCAUGUGUGAUUUUGAGUCAAGGCAGCUACUUAGAGUCUUGCCCUGUAACCACGAGUUCCAUGCCAAGUGUGUCGAUAAAUGGCUUAAGGCCAACCGGACGUGCCCCAUCUGCCGGGCGGAUGCAUCAGAGGUGCACCGGGAUUCGGAGUGA